AUGGCCCCGGCAACAAAAAAGCUCAAUCCUGAUGCUCUUCGACGCAAUGGCAUCGCUAUCGAGAUGGAGGUCAGCGAAGACGGCUGGCCAGACGAGAUUGCGCAAAUCAGAGAUCGCAUCCUGUCGUUUGACUGCAUCAUUCCGCCCAGAGAGGUCGCGCGAAAGUGCCUCGAUCCUCAUCUAUUGGUCAGCCUCUACAAGGAACUACCACAGGCCGGUCGAGAUGGGUGGUUCAACGGAGAAAUGGCCUGUAAUAAAGACAGCGUCCUUCCACAAAGUGAGGCCACAAAGAGGCAUCUGAAAAACUUGAAGGCGGCGUAUAGACUUUACGAAUCUGCAUCGGAGUGGAAGUACAAGGGAAUGAACGAAAGCAAACUAGGACAAAAGCUCGCCGACUAUGUAUUUACGGAAUGGACGAAGCAUGCAGAUCAAACGUACGCAUUCUUCGGUUUGAUGGCGAAUUCGCGACCACGUUGUAAGCCCGGGCCCGAUUCGGUGAACUAUCAGAUACGGUCAACUGACGUUAUUCGGGUUCCUUCAGCGGCCGAGACACGGAGUCCUUCCGCCAAGCAUGGCAUGUUCGCAAUGACUGGCACAAUCAUUGCUCUGUCGCCGAGGCCGGACUGGUAUUUUGGGUUUCGCAUACACAAUGAUAUGCGCUCCCCUCAAAAGACGGACAAAGGACAUACUCAUGCGGUAUUUUCAUUGACAAACCUGAGCCUCUUAGAAGAGUCCGAGGCAUUGCAUUCAUGCCCCUUGAUGUCGCUGAAUAAGCAUUGCGCGGACAUUCAAAAGGCUUCACGGCGCGCGAAAGCCAAGCGACGCAAACCAGGUAGUAAGCAUAUAGGCACGGGACUCGAAGACAGUGAUUCGAAUGAGUCUGAUGAGCACGAUCAUGCAACGUCCGAAGACGAGGACUAUGAGCCAGAGAGUGAAGAAGAGGACAGCAGUGAGGGCAGUCUGGACGACGAAGAGAUCACACCCCACUGUGGUUACAAGCACAAGAGGAAGGAUGUGGAUGUUGCUGGAGGUGAAGACACAGACGGAACGAAUGGUGCAUCCGAUAUUGAAACAGGGCCCUCCCACAAAGAUGAUAAGCUGACCUGUUACCCAUGGGCGGUGGUUGAAGUCAAAAAACCUGGCGCAACGCAACAGGAGAUCCGCAAAUGUUAUUAUCAGGCGGCAAACAGUAGUUCUGCCUGCGUCGCAUUACUUCGGGGACUAUCAGACAGCCCAGCGCACGAGUACCAUCAUCCAGUGGUUGCCUUGACUUUCAUUGGCGGAAAUGCCAGAGUGUUUCUGACCUACGCGGAGCCAAUUGUCGGGGCCGAAAGUGAUGACGAAGAUGACGACGAUGAGCCAAUCAUUCUAUAUCGAAUGAGAUGCAUCUGGAAUGGGCGAUUGGAUAAGCUCUGGAACGCGCUGCAACUCCGACGCAUGCUUGACACCAUUCAGUAUUGGGCCCUGCAGAAAUAUCGAACGGACAUUGACAGUGACAUCCGGAGACGACUGAGAACCCACCGACUUACAUCUAACCCCUCGUCUCCAAGCCGUUUCGGACAUUCCAGGCCAACCCCGUCACCAUUGGCACGAGUCACAGCGGGACCUGCAUGGGACGAUGGCACAUUGGUCAGUCUACUGGGGCAGUUAGAAGUGAAUAGCGCUGUGUUAGAGGUGAAUGGCACUGUGUUUGAAUUUGAAAGUUCGCCUUCACACCUCAAAUGGAAAGUGACCAAAACUUGA